CCAUUGGCCGUGCUUUCGCCGGAGGUAUAAAAGGCGGAGUCGAAGCUGGGCUGCGACAUUCCGGGAAACGGCGAGGUAGCGAGCGGCCGGAAUGGUGCGGAGGGUCCUGGCGCUCGGCGUGCUGGUGCUGCUGGCGCUGCCCAGCCUGGAGGCAGCCACUGAGGCGCCGAAGGUCGAAGUCUACGCCCGUUCCCGCGCCGAGGAGGGAAAGGGGAACGUUUUCCAGUGCUUCGUCAAUGGCUUUCACCCACCCGAGAUUGAAGUCCAACUCCUGAAGAACGGGGAGCCCAUGCCCGACGUCACCUACGGGGACUUGUCCUUCAACGAGAAGUGGCAGUUCCAGCGCCUGGUCUAUGCGCCCUUCAUCCCCACAAGGGAGGACAUCUUCACCUGCAGGGUGGUGCAUUCCAGCAUGGCGGAGCCAGGCAUUUACCGAUGGGAACCAGACUUCUGAGCUGUGGCUGGGAUGAUCCACGGUCGGAGAAAUUCCUCUUGCAAGUCAAAGACUUCUCAAGCUUCUGUCCAUUCUUCAUCAACUCUACAAGAGUAAUCAACUUCCUUUCAGAAAUUCACUAAUAAGCCUUGUUAAAAAGAUCACUUAGGCAAUAGCAUCAAGGAUGGUCUGCAGGCUUUUAGAGCUAAAAAUGUAGCUAAAAAUGCCCACAUUACUGCUUAAAAAACAAAGUAGCUCUUCACUGCUGCAAAUUUUGCAGGAUGUUUAUACCUUAAUAAACUGCUAGUCCUUAAAAUGUUUCUUUGGCAUCAUUCAACAGCCCAAGCUGAUUUCACAGGCUCUGAUGGCCACUGGGUUGUGGGUGGAUAUGUAGCCUGGGUGUCAUGAUGGUCAGUUGUGCUUUUUUUUUAUCUCACUGAGAAGAUGCAAGAGCCCUUUUCCAUCAAUAAAAAGAGAACUAAAGAUU